AGUUAGGAUGUAAAGAAACGAAGAAGAUAAUGUGAUGAUGCGUUGUGAAGGGGUUGUUACCACUAGUAACCACUAGUAACCACUAGUAACCACUAGUAACCACUAUUAACCACUAGUUACCACUAGUAACCACUAGUAACCACUAGUAACCACUAGUAACCACUAGUAACCACUAGUUAAAUGAGUUACUCUCUUCACCAAAUCAGAUGGGUCUGCUCCACUCUCUUCUAUAUGUGUACUUCCUUCGCUAUAAUAACCGCUAACAAGAGCGUACUAACCAUCUACAAGUUUCCUAGCGUCCAGUUUGUGACACUAGUACAGCUGAUUGUCACUGUUAUAGUGUUGGAAGUGUUGAAGUUAUUGAGAAUAGUUACCUUUCCUGCUCUCUCAGUUUCCUCUAUCAGAGACGUGAUGCCCCUACCUCUGAUUCAUCUUGUUAAUCUACUAGUUGGUCUUGGAAGCACACAAAGCUUAAGUAUCCCCAUGUUUCAAGUUCUUAGAAGAUUCACUGUCUUAUUUGUUAUGAUCGGAGAAAUCACUAUCCUAAGAAAAAGAUUUUCAAAGUUGACCGUGGUGACGGUUGUUGCGAUGUUGGGUGGUGUUAUCAUAGCGUUCAUAGGUGAUUUAGCCUACGAUAGCUAUGGUUACACGCUAGUCUUGCUGAAUGACCUCUUCACGGCUGCCUAUUCUAUAUACCUCAAGAAAAUCAACGAUAAAAAGUUGAUGGGGAAGCUCGGUUUGAUGUACUAUAAUUCGAUAAUUUCCCUUCCCUUGUCACUUCUGGCUUUCAUUAUUUCUGGAGAAUUCCAAACGGUGAAAGUGUACGCGGGCUGGUCCGACAGCUGGUUUUGUGCCCAGUUUGUUCUGAUUAAUGUUCUGGGCUUCGUUCUGAUGUACAGUGCUAUUCUGUGUACUGCGGUGUGUGGGCCUCUUACUUACAAUGUGGCAGGUGUUCUGAAGAGUGCUGCUAUUACUUACAUUGGUAUGUUACAUUGGUUCGGGGGAGAUUACAUCUUCAGCUGGCUCAACUUCUUUGGAAUAACAGUAAGUGCAUUGGGCGGAGUGGUUUACAGUGCAGUGACAUUUAGAUCUUUGGAGCAGAGCAGAGCUGAUAAGAACAAGAAACAAGAGGUUUACGUUGCUUAGCAACAAUAACUCUAGCAGUACAGG